AUGCCUGAGGUUGUGAUACACCGUGAUCUUCUGCCUUUACGCCUCCCUGAGGUUGCGGGUGGAUUCGAACAGCCUAGGCUGGGUCGCGGCACGAGACAACGAAUUCGCCGGAGAAUGGAAGCUGACGCCUGGGCACACGAAGGUGUGCAGACUCUGAACGACUUGUACGGGAAACCCGAAGGGGUAAAAGGCCCAGCUCCAGUGGGGUCCCAUGCCGCGGCGCUUUCCAAUCUGGAGCAGCGGUACAGGCGCAUGGGUACUCCAACUUCUCGUCCCGAGGAAGCCCUUACGGCGCUUCUCGGCUCAAUGGCAGGGUAUGGAACCCUGGAUGUUGAGUGCACAACUCGUGCCAGUUUCGACGAGGCUCUUGUCUCAUGGCCUGCCCUGGGGAGCCAUCCUGUGAAGGUGGCGUCACUCCUGGGGGAGGAUUCCAAAAAGUUGUUGACUCUGGAAGGCGCCUCAGAGCUCAUUGCCGAUGCGGAAGCUGUGGGCAACAGUGAGUGCGUGAAGCCAUACAUCGAUCCAGUGUUAGCCAAUUCUCCUGUACAUAUGGGCAGAUUUCUUGCCCGGCUUUUUAAAUGUCGGAUGCUCCAACUGAUCCCAGGUCGUCGUGAACACACUGUUGGUGUCUUUUUCGUGCUUAAGAAGAGUGGUAAAUUACGGCUGAUUUUGGACACUCGCAAGGCCAAUACGUACUUUCGGAAACCCCGGGCCUCGCACCUGCCCACCCCAGCCGCUUGGACAAGCAUCGAGGUUGCGCCUGACGAUACCCUUUACACUGCUCGGAUGGAGUUGCCUCCUCAUCUGCGUCAGUAUUUUCGCCUCCCUGCCAUUAAGUGUCGGUUCUUGGAUAAAGAUAUGUGGCCGCAAGGUUGUGGACCCGAGGACUUUGUGACGCCAGAGUACGCCACUUUGCCUAUGGGCUGGAACUGGUCCUUGUACUUUUGUCAAUCCCUUCUUGAAUCGGCUGCGGCCCAGGCCGGACUUGCCGAAGAGGACCGGGUUGAGGACCGCACAUGGACGGGGAAGGUGAGCGGGGAUCGUAUUGUGCACGCGCAGUAUGUCGAUAACUUCUUCUGCAGUGGUACAAGCGCUGAGAAUGUGCAAGUGGCCUUUGAUCGCUUGAAGGACACGCUGGAGGGCUGGGGUUUCGAGAUACACGAGGUGAGCGAGGCACAGACGGUCGUCCAGGGCCUGGGCUUGGUUAUCGACGGGGAGCAGAAAUGUGUUUCCCUUUCGACGGCCAGGAUCUGGAAACUUCGUUUGGCCUCCCUCGCACUUUGCAAUCGAUGCAAGCCGCCAGAGCCCAAGGUCAUAGAAAAGAUUGUCGGCCACUUCACGUUUGCCAUGAUGAUCCGGAGGGAGACGCUUUCUGUGUUCAGUGAAGUGUACCGGUAUAUGCGGUGCGAAAGGCCUUCCUCGCGGAUGUGGGCAGCGGCUCGCAAAGAGAUCAGACAGGCCUCCUCGCUGCUUCCACUGAUGAGCACUCCCUUUGAUCUCCCUUGGAGUACAACAGUGCUUGCGACUGACAGCAGCGAAGUUGGCUAUGGUGUUUGUGCGCGGGAAGUUUGUAGCAAGCUCGUGACCGCCACUGCCAGGACCAGCGAAAAGUGGAGGUAUGCAGUCGAAGGUGCUGUCAAGGCCCGCGCGAGUGCACUUGGACUUGAUCCUGGGGGCUCGCACGAAGGUUCACUACAUGACGAGUGUGCUCGAGUUGUGCAAGCUGAGUUCAAGGAGGUGUGUCCCUCGAUUCUGGAUCCUUCGAAGUGGCAUGUGCUUUUUAGGGGCGCAUGGACUUACAGUGAGAACAUCCUCCGCACCGAGGGGCGUGCCAUGCUCAGUGGAGUUCGGCAUCUUCUGAGGACUCGCAGGUGCGCUGGGCAACGCUAUUUGCUUCUAGUUGACAACCUUUCACUCGCCUUAGCCUGCUGUAAAGGGAGAGGCGGUUCUAUGCUGGCGAACUCCACGUGCCGCCAGCUCGCUGCCCUCUCCUUGGCCGGCAACUGCAAAUUUCAUGUUCGUUGGAUUCCCUCAGAAAGGACCCUCCAGCUCACAGUGCCGGCCCACGCGCCUGCAAAACUGCGGGGAGAGAAGCGCCGCCUGACGGGCCCGCCCAAUCAGGGCACGGCGGCUACUCUCGCGGGUACUCCUUCCCACCUCGAGCUGCACAAGGUAAGGAGAACAGCCACACAAGAUCGGUACAACACGACCGUGAACGCCUUCUUGCAGUGGUGCCUCGCCUACUUCCACUUGUCUCAGGACUGGGAUCGUUUACUGACGGCGUACAUCAACGAGCUCUUCGCCCAGGAGGCGGAUGUAAGCGCCGCGGAGUACGUUUUCGCAAGUUUUCGUUACCGGACAAUCCAAGCGCUGGAGGGCUUUCGCAACCUCGCGCCCCCGAAGAUGAGACUGCCUACACCCCGUGUGGCCUUCGCAGCCGUGGUGGGGGUGUUCCUCGCCAGAAGCCUUGUCGAGAUGGCGUUGGCUCUGCUACUUCAGUGGGAUCUUCUCCUUCGUCCCGGGGAACUGGUGGGCCUGCGCCCUCAGCAGAUUGUGAGGCCCGCGGAUUUGGCAGCCAUGCGCAGUUGGGGCGUCAUUCUCGCCCCAUCCGAUGGAGGGUCAAGCGAGCCAAGCAAGACGAAUGCAUUCGACGAGAGCAUUUUGCUGAGCCCGAGAAUCAAUCACCUUCUACCGAGUCUGGCAGCUCUUCUUCUGCGGCGGCAGCAAAGCCACUUCCUCUUCCCCUUCACGUGCAGUCAGCUAGCGGACGAGUUCAAGCAGGCCAUGGAAGUCCUGUCGUUGCAGGGGCUCAACGCCACCCUGUACGGCAACCGUCAUGGAGCAGCAAGUGGCCUUCGUUUGGAGGGCGUCCCGCUGGCGGAGAUCAAACGAAGGGGGAGGUGGCUGGCGGACUCAAGCGUGAAGAGGUACGAGAAGGCCACUGUGGCCCAGCAGCAAGUACACAAGAUCCCCAUCCCGGUCCAGAUUUACGGAGCCUUUGUGGAACAAGAGCUGGUCCGCAGCGCUGGAUUGAUGGAGCAAGCUCUGAAAGGACCUUCGCGCCCUGCA